AUGUAUUUAGCGAUAACGCAAUAUGUUUAUGUUGACUUGUCGGAGAUAAAGUGAAGGAAAAUUGAAAUACUUUAGUUAAUCUAAAAUAUAGGUAAAAAACUAAGUUUAUACAGUGGAAGGAUAAAACAUUUUCGAGGAAUACCUAUGACUGCCGAUAAGAUAAAAAUAGAAUAUAUGCAAAAUAAAUAAAUAAAUACAAAACUUAGUAUUUAUAGUAUUAGUAUUAUUUACAACAGCACACCCUUUCAAAGGUUAAACGAAAUAGUCAUAACUAUUAUAACUAAAUAUACCUGGAUCCAAUUAUCAACUCUUUGUCAUCAUUAUCCACAUUGGAUUCAUCGUCUUCUAUUUCACUUUCGUCGGAUAAUCCUUGGUCAGAGUUGUUUUCUCUUUCGGAUAAUACUUCACUAGACGGGAUCCCUUCGUCGUCUGUACAUAUUUCAUAAUCCGAACAUAUUUCUUCGUCUGAUGACAUGGUAAUGAUCAAUCAAACCAACAAUUCAACUAACUGCAAUUUACUCAAUUUAGUAUUUAACUAUUUCAGUAUUUUGAUUUUCGGCCAUAAAAUGUGGUCAACUGAUAAACGACAAAAUAUUUUGUUUAUUUUGUAUGUAUAGUGUACCAUGCUAUCAACGAAUUAAUACUUAUUGAGUGAUACAGGUUAUCCAAUGCCAAAUAUCUCCAAUAACAAUUAUAGUAUCAACAAAUAGUCAGUUGGCAAUAGUGCAUUAAGGAUUUUCAUUGGAUAUUUCAUCGUUCCGUGUCCAUUUUUUAUUCACGUUGUUUUCGUCCAGUUUCUACUUGUGUCGUGUUUACUUUUACAAGGGAUCAACGUUUUUUCUUUUCGUCUCAGUGUGUUAGUUUUUUAACAGUUCAUGGUAAUUUAUUUAAUAUUUACAGUAAUUACGGGAGAUACUGAUUGUUCAUCGUCAUCCCAUUGUCGAAUCCAAAGCAGACAUUUUCGACUUAAUUAAGUCCACGUCCGAGUUCCUGUGGCAGUACAUCGUAAGUACACUUCUAUUGGCAAGUUAAAAUUGUCAUUAGUUAAUAUUACCUCCUCCCCGCCCCUCCAGCCUUUAAUUCAACAUGGCGCCCGUCCACAUUUUUCUCAAACAAAUUGCGACGUAAAAUUGUUGAAAUUCUUUGAGCUAUAUGUUAGGAAAAUACGAUUUACACAUUCACUUUAUUCAGUUCCCCCCCCCUAUUUUUUUUACAAAAUGUAAACUUCAUUUUCCAUAAUUUUUUUCAAAUACUUGUCUAUUGUCUAUAUAUUUGUUUAAUUUGUUAACAGACUGGUAAUAAUAGUUAAUACAUAUUAACAAUUUAUCAUAGGUACCUACACAUUUUUAUAAUAUUGUGUAAUAUAGUAUUUAAUAUAAUAUGUACAUCAACUUAUAAAAUGUAAAUAUUUACCUUAUUCAAUUUUCUGUUGAGUCGCUUAUAUCUGGAAAUAAAAUUGUUGCCACUAUACAGAUAUAUUGUACCUAUUUAUUAAUUAUUUAAAACUUUCAUUUUUUACUGAUGGUUUACAUAGACAUUUUAAUGGACUGUUGCCUGUUACUCGGUACCUACCAUAAUAAUAAUGCUCAUAUUAUACACCUAAGUCAAUCUCAUUAAACAAAUAUUUCUUUUAAAACCUUUUGGUGCCGUUAGUUUAAAUAUUAAAACGAAUUAACCUAUCAUCUAACUUAAAAGUAAAAAGAUUAUAUGUGUCCUAGCGUUGAUGUUUUUUUCGAUAUUUUUAUUUUUAAAUGAGGUAUAAGUAUAUUAAAUAUCACAGUUUAAAAUUGUUUUGCUUAAAAAUUUAAAUAUCGUACAAACAUCAUGCUUUUUUGUCCACGAGAUAUCAGUACCGCUAUUUGACCAAAACUCGUCCAAUUCCGUGCAUCCCCCACUCAUCGGCCCAUUGACAGUGUGAAAUGGAGUUCUAAACUGUCACUGCCGGUCAUUCUGCAUGCACGUGGAGGUACUGAUCUCUUGUAGACCGGAGUAUGUGGCAUAUAUAAUCUUCUUACCUUUAAGUUUGAUUAAUAACAAUUAAUAAGUUAAUUUGCUUUAAUAUUAAAACUAACAGCACAAAAUGUGUUCUACUGAACGCAAAUUGGCUAUCUAUGUCUCACAUUUGUAAAAUGGAAACAAUAGACAUCGGUGUGUGAUUCUCUUAAAUUAUCUUUAUUCACCUAUCUAAUAUUACCCUAUGAAGACAAUAUAUAAGCUAAUGAUACUCUACAAUAUUAUUAUUGAAUUUUAACUUCAAUUAUUUUUUUUUUUUUUUUAAUUAUUCAUUAAUUUAUAAAAAAUAUUUAAAUCUACCUUUACUUGUAUUAAUUUUUAUUUUGUUAAAAUUCAAUAAAUAAUAUAUUGAUAGUUCAUAAUGUGCAUUGAUUAUGAGAUCUGAGGGUACAAAAUGUAGAUUUAUAUUUAAUUUUAUUAAUAUUCUUUAAUGAUUAAAAACAAACUAGACUACUAAUUAUCUAAGAUGUAUUAAUCACGUGUGCCAAGUAAAUUCUAGCAGGUAGGUAGUUAUUUUCAAUUCAAGAUAGGAAAAUAAUUCAGAUUUUUAUUGAUAUUAAUAUUUGUUUUUAGGUAGUCAAUUAUAAAAUAACCACUUAUAACUUUAUUUUCUUGGUCUCUAAUAUAGAUGUUUUACUCGUUCUAGUAAUGUAUUAUAUUUUAUUCCCCAUAAUCAGUUUUCCUAAAUUUACAUCUAUCCAAUCAUUUUUUUCUGCAUUGUCUUUAAUUUUUUUCUUUGUAUUGGUUUUACAAUGAUGUUAUUAUUAUUAUUUAUUUAUUUUUUGGCAACUUUUCUACCAGAAAUUUUGCUCCGAUAUUCAAGUGUAGCACUUUUUCUGAAAGAAAAUUUGGUACUUUCCUGUUAUACGAGACUACCAAAAUUUGUCCACUUUUCUUUGAUAAUUUGUUUAAUAUGUGUUGUAGGUAUUGCCACAUUCGAAUAAUAUAAAAGAAAAAAAAUUUAAAUUCUCAGUUUUUAUUUAUAAUAUAUUUUAUAAGCCAUACAUGGUACACGCUACACUUGGCAGUCUGUCAUAGAUAGUCUAAAUAUAAUAAAUAACAAUACAAAAUAUAUUGUCGACAUGGUGACGUAAACAAAAAUUGGUAAAUCCACAAAUACAAUAAUAAUUAUUAUCACUAUAGUAUAAAAUUUUAAAUAUAAGAAAAAGUUAUAAUAAUAAAUGUAAUUAAUAUAAAAAUUAAUUAUUUUUUAACAUAAUUCAUUAGUAAUUAUUUAUUGGAGGAAGUUAGAUUUUUAUUGUUUUUAAAAUUUUUGUGAAUGUACUUUCUUUUUAUGAUUUGUCUAAUAGUAUAAAUAAUGAUCGAUAAUUGUGAAUUGAGAUUCAAGAAGCGGUAAUCCUAUUAUUGCAAUUACCGCUGUAGUCUCGUUUAAACGGAAAAUACCGAAAAUCUAACUGGAAUGCUACUUUAGACUGGUCAUUUUUUGAUUUUCCCAGUUAUUUUUAUUGUAAAUGAAAUUUUUCAAUUUUUUGUUUGUUUCAAUUCAAUUAAAAAUAUUGAUAGAGACUCAAAGUUUGAAUAGAAAACAUAUAUUUGCCUUUUCUAGACGUGGUAAAUGUUCAAAACAUCCAUUUUAUGCUAUUUAUAGGUAUUUUAUUAUUACAGAGGUUUUUUUUACGUAAUUUUUGUUUGUACUUUGUGGUCAAGAAAAAAAAAUUGAUUGUUAUAUAAGAUUUUUUUUUUUUCAUAAGAAUUUUAAUAUCAAAGUUUGACGAAAAUUGUUUUAGUAAAAAAUCUUAUUAAAGUAAAUAUGGAAAUUUUUUUUUAAAAUAUUUAAUAUUAUAUUGUAGAUGAAGAAAUACUAUUAACUAAACUCCACUCAGAAUCAUUUUUUCGUUACCAAUGAUUAAUUGUUGUGGACAGAUAUACAUUAAAUUUCCCCUCUACCUUUCCAACUUCUCACCUACAACAGUGGCAACACCUAUCAUACUAAGUAUAUCCGUCUUUUUUUUUCAUUUGAAAAUUGUAUAGUUUAUAUUUUCUGAUUAAACAAUAACUACUCUUCACAAUCAUAUAUCAUAGUUGUCAUAGAAAAAUCAACUUGAAAACCCGGCGAACUACUUUUCUUUCCGCGAUGAUUUUUUUGAUUGCAUAUUUUAAUGUUUUUUAGUACUCCUAAGCCAUUAUUAUAACAUUAAUAAUUCUGCCCAAUGGUCAUUUGUAGUCUAUACAACUUAUUUUAUUUUAAUAAUAUCAUAAACAUUAACAUUUCAGAUGCCUAGAAUAUCAAGGAGAGUUAAUUCAAGUUCAUAUGAACCGCCCAAGUCUAUUUCUAGAUCCCGUAGUCGAUCAACUAGACGCAAACGCCGUCAUGAAGAAGGAGAUGAAUAUAAUUCCUCUUAUAGGUAAGUUUUAUUUAUAUAAUUUUUUUGUGAAAUGUGUUAUUGAAAAUAACAAAUUAAUACUUAUCAAGCAUUAUUUAUAGCAGAAUUAUUGAUGGGUAUAUUUUUAUUUUUAGAUAUUGUAUGCAAUAAUUAAUAACUACAAUGCUCAAUGAAGACAAAAUUAUAUGCUAAGAUUGCUCAUUGCUUAAUUGAAUUCAUUUUUCUUUUAUUUUUUUUAUUUUUAUUUUUUAAUAUAUAUAUAUACAUAUCAGACAAAUUAUUUUUAAUAAAAACUUUUAAUUCAGUUAAGUAAUAAAUGUUUCUAAUGUGUAUUGAUUAUGAGAUCUGAGAGCAUUGAACUGUGUUAAAAAGAAAUGUUAUGUUUUCAUAAGUUUAAUCAUAGUAAAUUACAUUUUUUCAAAUAGUUAACAGUAAAAAAAGAUGAUGACCAUAGUGUAGAAUGAAGAUAUGAAUCAAACAUUUUGUACAAUUAAAUAAAACAGUAACUGAAUAAUAAAGGUUUUAUGUAGCCUUAUUAUAUAAUUUAAUAUGUUUAACAGUCUGUAAAAUUACCACAGAAAAUAAAUUAGGUUGGUAGAAUAUUCAAUGGGUAAAAAUUUCAAUAAUUGUGUUACCAUUGUAGAAAUAGAAAAGCGGUGAUAGUAAAUAACAAGAAUGUAGAAGAAGCCAAAAAUAAGAUAUAUAGACAUGAUUAGAAGUGCAAAUUGCAUAUCACUCGAUAAUUUUGUAGAUUAUUAUACCCAAGUGAAGAUUGAGCACUAUGAUCAUCAACCAUAAAUAUUUAGGAGGAAUAAGAAAUACAAUUGGUUGGUUAAUAAUUGAAGUGAAUCGGAACAUUUUAAAUCAGCUUUUAUCAAAAUAAUAUAUUUUAAUUCUUCUGCGAUUAUGGCUUUGAAAUAAUUGGUUUGUGCAGUUAUCUGUAUAAAUAAUUGACCACUUUAUUUUUUAUAUUAUUAUAUUCAGGCCAUUAAAUUGAACUUAAUACAUAUUUUCAUAUUAUUUGAUAUCUUAAUAAUAAUUAAAAGUACAAGCUUAUUAUUAUUAUUAUUUUUUUUUUUUCAUUUGCAUAUAAGAUACAAUUUUACCAACUAUUAAUUCCUAUUUUCCAUUAAUAUAUUGUUAAAUUUAUCAUUAAAAAAACAGUAGUUGACAACUAGGCACAUAUGACCCGCUUAAUACAAAUUAUUAUAUUAAUAAUAACUUUUUUAUAAAAAAUAAUUAAACCCUGUUUAUUUUAUUGUAUCCUGGUUUACUAAUAAGAUAAAAUACAAGUGUACACAUAUUAGAGUCCUCUACAAGCCGUCAACAAUUUGAAGUUUCCAAUACAAUCUGUUAAAAAAAUAUUAAAAUGUUUAAUACAAUGAAAAAAAAUAAAACACUAAUUUUAUGAUUGGUUCGAAUUUGGUACGAUCAUAAUUAUUUUAGCAAUGUUCAAAAUUAUGAUUAUAUUUUUAUAAAAAUCUGAUAUCUAGUGAUGUUAAUAUAGUCUGAACUAUCCCGAUCUUCUUAACUUUGAUUCUGAAACUUAUUAGUCAUGUUAUGUUUUUCAUAUGUACUACAAUGAGUUCAUUAAACAUGCCUACAUUGUUUAUAUAAUUACAUAAGAAUUAUAAAUGUCAAUAAAAAAGAAAUAUGAUGUGCCUCAUUUGUUAAAAACAAAUGUCUGUGUUGUAAAAAACAAUAUUAAACAACAUUAUGACUCCAAACAAAGUAGUAUGUCAAUACUUAUUUACUUUAUUUAGCAUUUUAUUAACAUACUAAUGAAAACUUUUUUAUUUUUUUUUUUUUGUGGCCCAAGAGAGCUAAAAGGACCCGAUCAUUGAUUUAAAAUUUUAGGUUUUAUGUAAAUAUACAUAUAAUAAGUAUUAGGAUUUUACAACAAUUUUUUUUUUUAAUAUCGUUCUACUUUUAGAUAUCUCGAUAUUUAAGUUUUUCAUAAACAAAUAAAAAAUAUUAAUGAUAGUAAGAAUGAAAUUAAAAUAGCUAUGUUAUCAGUUAUCAUUAUAUUUAAUAUUAGGAUCUUUUAAUAUAUGAAUAUACAAUUUUAACAACUAUAGAUGUUAGAAUAAGCAACACAAACAUUUUUAAUAGUUUAAUAAUUUACCUUAUUCUAAUAUAUACUAAGUAUUAAAUAAACAACAUAAAUUGAAUGCAUAUACACCAUGUAGGCUAGUUUUAGGUUAUUCUAUUUAUUAAUAUAAAAUCUUUUAAUUUAUAUUUUAACUUAAUAUCAAUAGCAAAGUUUACGUUAAAAAAUGUCCAAUAUCAUACACCUAAGCAUACAGUAUUCAUUAUCCAACAAUUUUCUCGAGAGAAUUUGAUUUCUGUUUAUCCAAUCACGAAACCUUUUAACAUAAUUUUCAAUUUUUAUCCUUACUUCUUAUAUACUUUUGAUUUAAAGUAGUUUUGGUAUUUUAAAAUAACUCCUCUUUUAAACACAUUGAAAUAGAGAAUAUUUUUCUAUCGAUUUUUGACACACAUAACACUAGUAUAGGAUUUACUAUUAAAGAGUUACUCAUCUAUUUACUACAGUAGUAAUUGGGUUGUUGCCAAAAUCCAUAAGUAUCAUAUAUACCGUAUAUCAUAAUAAUUAAGUUCAAUUAAACAAUUUUUAAAGGAGCCAACUUGCAUGAAAAGAAAAAGUUGUUGAUUUUUAAAAAGUUGAAAAUUACUGCUUUAGUGUGUGAUCUAUCGAGUCAUUUGUUUUAGUCAUUUUAGACACAUAAUACACCCAAACUUUCUAAGUUGUGUAUUAUAAUUAGGGUUUGGGACUUUUUGCAUUUGAAUGUUUUUUUUUGUAGCUGUCAUAGAUAAUUCUAGGCAAGUUAUAAAUUUGUUUUAUGAAAUUCCAAAAUUAAAUACUAAGUUUGAAUUGGCAUAUUUUGUUAUAUUUUAGGAAAAGUGCAUAUUUUUAAUGUGUAUAUAACUAAUUGUUAGGUAAAUCAUGUUUAGAUAACAUUCAAAAAUGAAUUACUUUGGGUAGGUAGGUGUGUGUCUUUAAUCUUCAUUGAUUAAUAAUUAACCUUGUUAUCGAUGAUUUUUAUUAUGUACCUCUCUAUUUUUGAGAUUUUUGUUUCUAUAAUUAUUAUAUAUGUUUUAUGUGUCAAAAAUUAAGUAAAAAUUGACUUGAAUAUUUUGACAAUUUUGACUGCAAUAUUUGCAUGGAUAUUCCGAUCGUUUUUAGUACAAGUACCGAACCCUAAUUAUGAUGUGAUGUAAUGUGACUAAUUUUCUUUUCAUCAUUUCUCCUUCCCCUCCCCCCUCCCUUGUUGCCUAUCCAACAUGAUUUUACAUAACAAAUAUUAAUGUAUUUAAAAUUAAGUCCUAUAUUUGUGAAUUGGUAGAAUCACAAGGGUGGUUAAGUGAGAAGAUACAGAGAGAUAAAGGGGUGGCCCUUUAUGAUUUUCCCAAUCUUUCUUGCUUUCUUGACGAAAUGGGCCUCAUAGGUGGUUCAAUUUCUCCCGUUCUGGCCUCAAUCUAUGUAUCCCCUUCGGGCACAGUAAGCUAUCUCUUCUUGUACUAGCAGUUUUGUUUUUGAAAUUUUUAAAAAUUCAAUUUAAUCAAGAUUAAGAUUACUUAUGGUUAGUUACACUAAAAAUAUGAUAACUAUCACACACUAAAUGAAUGCCAAGAGUUAUAACAGUUCAAAAUGUAUAGUGGAGGGUAUUAUCCCUUCACUAAAUUUAAAAUGGUUAAAUUCAGUGUUAUUUUGCAUUUCUUAUAAAAUAAUAAUGAAUUAAAAGUUUAAUAAAUAAAAAAUUUAGAAGUGUAUAAAAUUUAAAGUUGGCAUAAGCCGAAAUAGUUGUUAAAAAUAUAAAUUGUAUCCACUUCUAAGUCUUCGUUUUAAUUAAUUUUAUUUUCUACUAGUAUUAGGCAUAUCCACAUUUUUAAAAAAUUCUUAGGUAUGCUUAAAAUGAGGACAAAGGCUUCAAUUGAAGCUGUUUAUUAAUUUAAGGCACUGUUUCUUAAACUGUGUUCUGUAGAACCAUGAGGUUCCAUGGAAAUCAUGUGAGAGUUCUGCGGAUCUUCAUUUUUAGAACAUUAUUUUUCAAAUUAAAAUAUCAAUUUCUUGAUAUAAUUUGGCUACUUAAAAUUAUUACUUGCUUGACCUCCGAUUGUGUUCCAGCAAUAAUCACCCUGUAUUUUUUUUUUUUUUUUUACAAGAUCUUUAACCUGAUUUUUUAAUUAUUAUAUACCAUUAACAUUAUUACAUUGCAUUUGGACCAGCAAAAAGGUGAGCUGUGAUUGUCACAUGCCCCUGCUGGCAGAUUUCUGUUUUGGUGGGUUCUAUGUUUGGGAAUAUUAGAAAUAGCUGUUGGGCAAUAUGUGGUAAUACAGCACUAUACAAUAGUUAUUCAUAUCAUUUUAAGAAUAUAAAUAGCUGUGGUUUUUUUAUCCAUAAUACUACAUUCUACAAUAAUUAUUAUACAACAAAUAAUAUUUAAAAUUUUAAAAUUAAGUUAAGCAUAAUUAAUAGUAUGAUAUAUGGUAUAAUUAUAUGUUUUUUGAAAUGUAUAUAAGAUAAUUAAUAAUUGUUAUACUGACACUUUGUUUAUUCUAAUUAUUUUGAAAAUAACUAGAAUAUCUUCAACAUAAUGUGUAUCUACAUCUACACACAUAUAUUGUGCAUGUUUUAAUUAUAUAAUACUGAAAAUUUAACCUUGAAAUUAAACUAUUUUUUAAAUAUUUUAUGUACUUUUUUAACAGAAGUUAAUUAUUCAUUUCUUUUUGAAAUCAUUUAUUACAUUUAAAAAAACUACAUCCAUCAUAAAAAUAUUUGGGGGUAAUCAAUAAAUCAAAGUCUUUUUUAUGUUAUUUUGUAUUUUGUAAAUAUUUUGCAAGAUAACGUUUUCUGUUACAAGUAGGUUUCCAUAUUUGGUAUGAAUUGUUAUAAUGUAUAUUUUGCAGUCCGUAUGUGUAUAAUGGGUUAUCUGCUACAUACAACCUUGUUACAAUAUCACUACAUUUGAAUCAACAAGGUUGUUCGGUUGUGCUUCAUCUUUAAAAAUAUUUUUGAAAAUAAAAAUUAAACUGAUGAAAAAAAUGAUACAUUCUUAUUAUUGUAUGACUUUAUUAUUUUAAUUUUUAAACUAUGCCUACUGUUGCUGAACUUAUUUUAUUGUACAGGUAUUUUAAAACUAUUCUGGUAGACAUUUAUGUUCUUUCUUAAUUUGUUAAUAUAUAUUUUUACAGUUCCUAUGAGUAAAUUUUCGUUUUUUAAAAAAUAAUAAUACUUUUAUACACUAAUAAUUUGUUUUGGGUAAUAUGAAUUAUAAUCAUAAUUCUAUACCAAUUUUCUUUUUCUAUUUUAAUUUGUUUUGCUAUUAGUUUAAUUUUUUCUUUAAUUUAUUUAUAUAUUUAUAUUGCAUAUUGAACUAAUCAAACUAUUUACCAUCAUCUUUAGUUUAUUUAGAAUAAACCCCUAAAACACCAACAAUAUAAACUAGGUAUUUUUGUUAAUUACCGAGAUAUACUAUACCGGUAUUUCCAAAUGAAAGGUACCAGUAAUAACCAGUUUACUUAAAAUACCACCAGCCCUAAAAAUAUAUUUCUCUAAAUUCUUAAAAUUCAUAUAAUAAAAUAUGAAUGCUAAGUACACUCUGUAUAGUGAUGACUGUUUUCAUUUAAUGAUCAGAGGGCACAUUUUAUCUAAACUAAGAAAAUAUCCUGAAACUUCAAAGUUAUCUCGUUUAUUAGAAUGCAACAUUUACAAAAGCGAAUGAUAUUUAUUGUUUGAACUUAAUCAAAUACCUUAUUUAAAAAUAGAUAUGGUACUUGCUAUACUUUUUUUAUUAUUAUUAUUAUUAUUAUAUGAUAUUCAAUUUGUAUACAUUUAACGUGCAGUUUUAGUUUUAUUAGAUAUUAUAAUAUUUGAUGGCAUUGUUUAUGUGUCCAUAUCAAACACAUUUAAUUUUAAUCCUAAUACCUAGAUAAAUCUGUGUAAAAAUGCCUUGUUUAUUAUAUUAGUAAACAAACAGAUAUAAUGUUAUGCAUAAUUAUAAAAAUGUAUGAAAUAUCUUGUUUCAGUAAUGAGCGUUGUAAUCGUUCACGUUUGCAUGAUCAAGGGACAAGUGCAGAACGGCGGUAUAAGCGCAGUCAUCGUAGAUCUCCUGGUUCAACCAAUCAUCAGCGCCGUAGACUCAGGCGCCAUCAAUCGCCAGGAAGUGGAGAUGAUAAGAUGCAUCACAGACACCAUAGGCAUAAAGACAGAUCUCAUUCAAAGGUCAGUAGUUCUUUAAAAUUACUUAAUAUUACAUAAGUAUAUGUGAGAUAUUGAAAAUCAAUAACAAAUGUCACAUUAAUUAUUUUAUUUAAAAAAAAAAAAAUCUUUAUGCAAUUUUUACUCUUUUUGACAAUUGGCAUUGUGCCAUUUUCAUUCUAUUAAUAUUAUUAAUACGAUUUAGUAAAUAAAAAUAAAAACUAUAUAGCAGAAACUUCACUACUAAACAUGUGUGAAACAGACGUUGGAAUUAAAUUAAAUUGGUAUAUACAAUGUUGCAAAUAGCUUCUAUAAUUAGUAAUAUAUAUAUAUAUAUAUAUAUACUAAAGAAUCACAAAGAGAGGGAUUUUUUAGUUUAGAAUUUUCCUCUUCAGUUAAGUUUCCUCGUAUACAUUCACAUACCUUCUAAAUAUAAACUGUAUACUUCUCUCCAUAAUUUAUAUUAUCGAACACACUCUAAACUUCUGGCUCAGUAUCGAAAAUAACAGCACACCUCCAGUAGGCUGUCGGAUGUCGUGUUCGCACGUAUGUUUGUCGAGGAGCAUACCCUCAGGCGAAGGCCUGUACCGCCAUGGCAUCAUACAGAUGGUGCAGUAGUUAGACAACACAGUCGUAAUCGUUCCUCCAGAACUACCCAUAGAGUCAGACCACCCCAACUGCCUGCCGCCGUAUUGGUAGAUGCUCAUUGGUGGCCUGUAAACCCAGUCAGUAUAUUAUCUAAAAUUAUAUUUACUAUCAAAUUAUUCACUAGGCAAUCAAAAAACCAGUAGUUUUUACAUGUAUUUUCUUUUAAAAUCUAAUAUCUAAUAUUUUGUUAUCAAUUAUUCUAAAUAUCUAUUGUCGUUUUGAUAUAACGUUUAAGUGAUAAAAAAUGUAUAAAUAAUAUAACAUACACAUUUAUUUCAAAUUCAUUAUUUCAUUUAUAUAACAUUUUUGAUUUCAAAAUGUAUGUUUAAUUUGUUAGUAAACCAUUUUUAGAAAGACAAAAUUAAGAAUUAUUGUAAGUAUUGAGAAAAAAUAUUAAUUAUUCAACCAAUAAAUUAACAAUUAAAUAAAUGUAUUUAAUACUUGAAGAAAAAUAUAAUUACCUAUGAUCUUUUAUAUAUUAUUUAUAGAGGGGGAAUGGUUCAAAUAUAUUUUGUAAAGUAUUUUCAUCUUUUUAAAAUAAAAGUAAAAAUAUGUACACAUUUUUUUUACGUUUUAGUGAUUAAUAUUUUUAAUUUUAAUUUGUGGGGGAAGAAAAAAUGAAAUUUUGUCAACAAAGCCUGUGACGCGUGGCCCACGUUUUGCUUACACAGAAGAGGUCGUGAUUUUUUUCUACACUGUCCGGUUGACACAGAAAUAGAUUUUUUGGAAGAUUGCCUCAAUGUGCGAGGGCCAUUUCAUGUAUGCCAGGUCCACAAUACAAUUGACCAACAGUUUUCCGAACUAGGGCCAUGUAGAUACAUUAGAUUAUUCAGUAGACAUUUAAAUCUUAAAAAAAUUUUAUUUCUGCAUUUGUAAUUAAUUGUAUUAGUUUUUAAUAUAAAUAUAUAGUUCGGGUAAUGUUUCCUCCGGAUAUGACUGGCCACACUCCGUCUGAUAAGCGCCGAACUAGGUACGCACGAUCAUCGACAGUCAGUGUUACUCAGAUGUUAACAGAUUCUUGUUCAAGUCUUAUUAACCGUAUUACUGGGCGAUCUCGUGGUCCUUCUGAGUGUAUUCGUAAACCUGAACUCAAACCUGUUGAAACUUCACGAAAUCAUAAUAUUCCUUCAUCUUCAUCAUCGUCGUCUUAUCUCCCUAGCCCUUUUCAUUCAUCUGGCUACUCCGUACGUAAUGAAGAUUGUUAUUUAUCCGCAUUAGAUGCUCAUCGUUACCGAAGACAACAAAGACCUCUUACCAAAAGUGCUACCACAGUAUUAUUAUCAGAAAAAGCUUAUCCAUUUGUUCAUCAAACACCCCGUGAAAAGACCCCAUAUCGCCGUCAUAAACCUAAUGUUCUUUUAACCAUACGACCGUUAAAAAGGUCACCUACAACAGUUACAACCACCAUCAUACACCCACUUGAACCUGUAGCACCAACUACAGACCCUGUGAUAACCGAGCGUGAAGCUAGGCGUAAGGAGAUACAGACAUUAAUUAUGAAAUAUUCGGCCUUGGACAAUGAUGAUGAAAAUAAUGGUACUCCUAGUGCUUUGACCAAGUGCCAACAAAAAUAUUCUUCCAUUCUUUCCUCUUCUGUGAGCAGCGGCGUAAGUUGUCACGUGUAUAGUUUGUGUUUAGUGUAGUACAUGCAUACUUUUUUAUUGUUUUAACAAUUGGAUAGUUUUAAAUUAUCAUUGGUAAUAUAAAAAUAAAAUCAAUAACAGUUUUGUUGAUUUAUAUUUUGAGCGAGUACAUUUGAUUUAUUUUAAUUUCCGUUCUCAUAUUAUAAUAGUUAAAAAAAAAUUUUAUUGAAGUUUCUAUCUAUUUUUUACUCAAUAUUUAUAAUAGUUAUUAGUUGCCUUUAGGCUUAAACAAUUUUCAUGCUAAUACAUUUUCUGAUUUAAAUUUAUAUCGGAUGAAAAUCCAAAAACAUUGAAAUGUUACAUUAUAUCAUGCAUUAUCUAAGUAUAUAAUAUUAACAUAAUUCAAUUUGAAAUAAAAAUGCUUAAUUAAGUUAUAUCAUAUAUUGUAGCAAUAUAUAUGGGAAAAUAUAUGUUCAGGUCUAACAAAAAUAAUAUUUUAAACUAUUUGUUAUUUUUAUCAUACGUGACAACAUUUUAAUUUGAUAUUAUCUUAAACUUAUUAGUUAUAAAUAAUAAUAACUAACGACCACAAAUAAUUUAAAUAGCCUAUAAGGUUACAACUUGAAAAAACUACAAAAAAAGUUUUGGAUUUUGUAGUAAAAGAUGUAGAUUUCAUAACUUUUAAAUGAAAUGUUUAUUUAUGUGACAUUUGUUGUAUGUUUAUUAUAACGUAUAAAAAAAAAGGUAAAUACAUUUUUAUUGAAUUUUUAUUUUUAAGCCCAUACACUUUCACACUAUAUUAUAGUUAAUUUAUAUAUAUUUAUAUUUAAAUAUAUAUAAAAUAACACUUAUAAUUGUAAGAAUAUAUAUGUAUAUGAAAAAGUUGUUAACGAGGCUUUCCUUUGCCUUGUGUCCUUCUGUCUUUAUGAUUGCGGGCGAUAAAACACGCAACUGCUGAAAAUGGGUGCACCAUCUGAAUGUACAAAUCCCGUACGAAUACCAAUUGGCCGUCAACAAUUCGCGCGUGUGUGUGUGUGCCGGGCGUCUAUUAAUCAAUUCCUACCAAAUACAUGAUGAAUAUUGGGACAACGUGUACAAUUACAACAACUGUGUGAUCACCCUCUACAGCAGCGAGCAAGAAGUCCAGUCAUUGAGGAUGACGAAGAGGGACAUCUGAUUUACAAAAAUGGAGACAAUCUGGCCGAUAGAUGUUCGUGAACCAGUUACAUUUUACAAAUGAUUACUUACUAUUUCUAAAAAAAAAAAUUCAGUAAUGUACAAAAAUGAUAAUGUGGAUGAAACAUUAAGCGCGUGCAUUUGUUGUUUUUGGUUGAAUGGGGACAACUAAAUACUUUUUCUCAUCAACUUAAUAUUUGGUUGUCAAGUUUUAGUUAUCCAUCGCAUUAUCAAUGCUAGUACUCUUUUGACCUAUGAAAAAUAAAUACAAUUAUCCUAAGAUUUCGCUAAAUUUAUUUAUUUUGAUUUCAAUUAUUUAAAGAGAACAUUCUUCUCCAAAAUUCUCAUGUUUUUCAUUAAAAUUUCACUUGAUAUUUGCAAAUAUAAUAUGAUAUUUGCAUGUAUCUUCUGAACAUAAAAUCAUUGUUUAAUUGUUACAAUAAUAUUAUUCUCAAUGUCCCAGCAGAAGAUGCAUUUUUUCAUAUUAUAUUUAUAUUAAUCUAGCAUAAUUUGACAAAUUUCAGAUCAAAUUAUCCAAACUCUUGGGGAAGGAACUUUUGGAAAGGUAGUGAGUGCCAAAUGUCUGAAAAAGUAAGAAACAUUAAUUUGCUAUACUUAUAUUUAUAUAAAUUUAAUACAAAAUUAUUUUCAAUUAUUGAUUGCUAAUUUAAUAUGAUGGUAUUUAUUAUUAACCCAUCAUUAAUACACAUAUAGAGACAAAUAAUAUUUUGAUUGUCAGUCAUAUAAAUGUAAUCUAAUUAAUUUGAUAUUAUUAAUACCUUCAAAUAAUAACAUAUCUUCUAAAAUAAAUUAUAGCACUAUUGAUAAUUCCCAAAUAGUUAUUAAUUGACAGAUUUGACAGUACCAAUACGCGUCACAUGUGUUCUAUUGUAAAACCAAAAAAAUAUGAAUAGAUAUUUUUAUUAUCAACUUAGGUUGAUUUGUUUAAUAACUACAUUUCCAAUUUUAUUGAGUUUUUAAAUAAUUUUUCCCUGACAAAAUUACAAAGUUCUUUGAGAUUCUAAAUUAAGUUGUUCAAGCAAUUGAUAAUGAUAUAAAAAUUAAAAUAAGAAAAGUAUAACAAUAGUGUUACAAAAUAUAUAUGAACCAACUAUAGGUUCAUAAAUAUAAUAGCUUAGCAGUAAAAUCUCCGUAGUUCUAAUGUAUUCAAAAUAUAAAUAAAUCUUGAGAAAUAUACAAAAGUAAAUAUGAACCUUUCUAACUCAUAAAUUAUGUCUUAUUCAAAUUAUAGAAAUUGUAUAGUUUUUAACUCUAUAUUUUAAAUAAAAAAUUCUCUAUAAAUAAUCAAUGGAUUAUUAUAUGUGAGAAAUUAACCUAUGUUUGUAUAGAAUAUUAUUUAUAUAUCUUAAUUUGGAGAGGGAAGAAUGAAUAACUGGCAGGAGGAAAGUUCAGUUGUAACCUAUUUGGCAUGUUGCCGAAUAUUUAAUUACCUUUAAAUCUGAAUUUUAAUUUGGGUCAAAUGAAAAUGUGAAAAAUGCAUUUCAAUUAUUUUGGUAUUUUGAAAUAGCUAUAUUUUUUACAGUCGUGAUCAAAUUGCUGCAGUAAAAAUUAUUAAAAAUGUUGAAAAAUAUAGAGAAGCAGCGCGCUUAGAAAUUAAUGCCUUAGAAAAGUUAAAUGCCAAAGAUCCAGAAAGUAAAAAGUAUGUAAUGUAUUAUCUUUAUUUGAACUUGAUUUUUAUAUAAAUUUUUUUGUUUUAGUCUUUGUGUUCGUAUGAUUGACAAUUUUGAAUAUGGAGGACAUGUAUGCAUUGGUUUUGAGUUAUUGGGAUUAAGCGUUUUUGAUUUUUUGGUAAGUUUGUUUUAUGAAUAUUCUUAUUAUUGAUACUUGUAUUAUAACCUUGGUAUAUGUCAGAGGUUCUUACAACUAUGACAAUUAUACUGGGGAUUUCGGCCAUGGACAUGUUAUAUACUCUCAUUAUUACAAUCCAAACUGUGCCUAAAGCCAUUUAUAUUCCCUUGUACUAAAUUUUAAGUUUUGUUUUGAACAAUUUCUAAAAAAAAAAUUAUUGGUUUCACCAUAACAGGUUUUUCAAUUAAAAUAAUCUUACUCAUAAUCAUGUAGCCAACUAUUAGAACUUGCAUUUAUUAACACUUUAUGGGCACAUGUAUUUUUAUGCAAUCAAUUAUUUCUAAUAAAUUACAUGUUUAUGUUCAAUCAUACAAACCAAUUGUGUUUAAUUUUGUAUAAUAAUUAAUUUUUAAAAUGUUACAUUUUUUACUAAGAAAUUUGUACAAUAUUUGCAAAGUCUAAAUAAGUCUUACCACUUAAAUAUAACAUUGUAUUUACAACAAUUUGUAUUUACAGAAAGAAAAUAACUAUCAACCAUACACAAUUGACCAAGUGCGACAUAUAGCUUAUCAAUUAUGUUAUGCUGUUAGAUUUUUACAUCGCAACAAACUUACACAUACUGAUCUAAAACCAGAAAAUAUACUUUUUGUCAAGUCUGAAUAUGACACACAAUAUAAUCAGAAAAAAGUAAUGAUUACAUUCAUUUGAAGUAUUUUGUUUUAUAAAUAUUAAUAUAAUUUUGUGUCACACAGAAGCGUGCUUAUAAAAUGAUCAAAGACACAGAAGUACGGUUGAUUGAUUUUGGCAGUGCCACAUUUGAUGAUGAACAUCACAGUACGGUUGUAUCAACAAGACACUAUAGAGCACCUGAAGUUAUAUUAGGUAAAAUAAUCUUGUUUCUAGGCUUAUUUUUUUUUCUCUAUAAAUAUUAAUUUUUGUUUAGAACUUGGAUGGGCACAGCCAUGUGAUGUAUGGUCUAUAGGAUGUAUUAUAUUUGAACUUUAUCUUGGUAUAACAUUAUUCCAAACGCAUGAUAAUCGUGAACACCUCGCAAUGAUGGAACGCAUUCUUGGCUCAAUACCUUAUAAGUAUAUACUUGUUAUUAUUAUAUUUAGUAUUUUAUUGGUUUUGUAAUUUUUGUUUUUUUUUUUUAUUAUUAUUAUUUAUUAAUAACUUUUCUGUCGACAAUUUCGCUUUGAUUUAAAAUGAGUUUUCUGAAAGGAAAUCUGACUAGAUUGAUACUUUAAGAAGGGAAUUUUUUGAUUUUCUUGGCUAUUUUCAUAAUAAAUGAGGAAAAAUUGGAAAAUACGUACAACAUUAAUUAAAUAUUAUUUAAAAAAAUAUGUAAUUAUUUGACUAUAAUAUGACAUAUAUUGAUAUAUUGUUGACAAAGCAACACUAUUAGCCAAACUGUGCUCAGAAUUGUUUUUUUCAUUAACAAUUGUUAAUCAUUACGUACAGUUAUACAUUAAAUUUCCCCACUACCUUCUCAACUUAUUACCUACAACAGUGUCUCGCCCACGUGUGAAGUAUGUCCGUCUUUCUAAUUAUAGUUUUUAUAUUGUGUAGAAUGGCCAGACGAAGUAAAACAAAAUAUUUCUAUCAUAGCAAACUAGACUGGGACCAAUCAAGCUCUGCUGGGCGAUAUGUUAGAGAAAAUUGUAAACCUUUAAAGGUUAGUAAGAUAAAAACAUUUAUAUAUUAUCUUAAUCAAAUAUUAAUAUCAAAAUAAAUCAUUAUAGAGAUAUAUGAGCUCAGAAGAAGAAGACCAUCGUCUAUUAUUUGAUUUGAUCUUUCAGUUGCUCAAAUAUGAGCCAACUCAACGUAUGACGAUGGAGGAAGCAUUAGACCAUCAAUUUUUUUAUAAAUUACCUGCUCACCAAAGACUUCAUGACAAGGAAGAAAGGUCACAUUCUCUGUCUAGAUGAAAAUUCCGUAAUAGCCGGUGCCGCUAAACUUGCACUUUGGCUCCGGUAUCUCAUUUAUUAUUGAGAUAUACUACCUGUUUUAUUUUUUUUUUUGUAAAGCUACCCAUUAAUUAUUAUUAAGUAGGGUGAAAAAAACAGUAAAUAUUAUACAUAAUUUGUAUAUAGUUAAUUGUGUGUUAACAUUAAGUGUUAGUAAAUUUAUGGCAAUUAGAUUUAAGUUAUUUUUUUUUCUCUUUCCUCAAACAGUUGUAUUUUAAAUAUAUUCUAAAUCACUUGUAUUACAACUUCAAUUAUUUGUAUAAUAUACAUUUGUGUUUAUAUUUAUAUAUGCGUUUAAAAAAAAGAAACUAUAAACAGUUUUAAGUUGUCUAAAAAUGUUUUUUUAUUAUGUUUUAACAAUAAAGUGGUUCAAUUUAAUUAUUAUAUUCUGAUUGCAAGUAUUUUUAAGUAGUUGAAAACUAAUAUCAAAUUCUAAUUUCUAAUUAUAUAUCCAUUAAAACAUUUACUAUUCAACCUUACUUGUAUUUAAUAUAUAUUAAGCAAACUGGUUUUACUCAAAAUUAGAUUAUGUUUUAGAAUACAUUUUUUAUUUGAAACAAAAUCUAAAUAUUUUAUGUUCUUUAUUUAAAAUAAUUUGAUUGUCCAAUUGAUAAUUAAUAAUUGUAUCAAUUGGUGUUUAAAAUUUAUUUUCAACAGUACUAUAGUGCUAUGCAUUUUUAUUCCUUGCAAUUUUUUAAAUAUGCAUGUAUAAUAUAUAAAUAAUUCAAAUCCAAAAAUAUUUUGAUAAUGUUCACAAAUGCAAUUAUAUUAUUUAUGAAAAAGGAUUUAUGGUCUAAAAUAAGAAUAGUCAAUACAGAUACAAUGGAACUUGAUAGUUAAAAUAAAUACUUUUUCAAUCGGUUUUCAUUCAUCUGUAGUAAAGUAAAAUAAAACAUUGUUAUUAUUUUUUUAACUUGUAAAUUCUUUACCUUAUAAUAUGUAAUAAUAAAUAGAUAGAUAACUCUACAAAUUAUAUGAGAUAUAACCUAAAAGUACUCUAAUCUUUUGAAUUUAAGGAACAUUAGAAUUGAUAUUUACUGAUUUAUAUGACUUCUGAGUACAUUUAUUUUUGUAGAUACUUUAUAUCCUUAAGUUUUUGUGGAGGUUGAAGAAAAUGUGUUUUAUUUUGAUGUUGAUUACAUAAUUAUUAAAACGUUUCAAAAAUCUUUGAUUUAUUUGGUAUUUCCUUAACCAUCUUUGACAAACUUUUCCAAUUACAAUUUUUUGGCAAACUAUCACUGAUAUCUAAGAUGAAGAAAUAAAUAUAUUUUAAAUUUAAAAGGUUAUAGAGCUAAGACAUAGUAUAAGAAAAUUACAUUUUUUGUUGAAGUACCGCUGAUAUAUUGCGCUUUUUAAAUUGCCUUAAACAACUAGCAAUCUCGCAAUGCCUUGCACGUGACAAAAUAAAUAUAUAUAUAGGUAUAAUGGUUUCCCUUCACAUUUCUUGAUAUCAAUCAAAUUAUAUAUAGAAAUACAUUUUUAAAAGCACUAAAUAUAAGUCCACACAGUGGUAUUCACAUUAUAUUCCAUCUUAAUGGUCUGACUUCCUGAACACAAUAUUUUUCUUAUUAACCACCUAUAUCUAAAGUUAGAUUAGGUUUAAUUUUAAAAAACUUGAAAAUCAGUCUAAAUAAAACAAGUGGUAAAAAUGAAAAAAAAAUAUAUUUGGACUACUAGACCACUUGGAUGGAAUGUAGUAUAAAUGCCACUUCACUAACAUAAAUACAGUACGAGAUGUUAAUUUUUAAUAGUAAAUUAAUGAUUCUUUUUAAUUUUUUGCAUUUUAAAAUUUAAACUGAUUAACCUAUAUUUAUGGGAAAAAAAUGUUUAAUUGGUUCAGUAAUUCUGAAGAUCCCUUACAUACAAACAAACUUAUUUUACUUAUUUAUAGAAUUAUUAAAGUAAAUUACAUUAUUUAUUAUAAUAUUAUCAUAAAUAAAUAACUAAAAAUGCAAAAUUAAUAUUAAUUUGUGGUUAUCAAUUUUAGUAAUAAAAAAAAUGACUAGGUAAAAGAGUUAUUACUAAAAAUCAAUAAAUGUACACAGUAUUGAAAAAAAAGUGAUAGAAUUUAAGUUCGUUUGCCGGUUCUUGACUUAGAUCUCGUUUGUGCUUUGUCUUUAUAAGUUAAAUAAACAUGUGAAAAAUCUGGCCUGCGUGUCUAUAACAAUUAAUAAACAUUGUAUUAAAACAUUGAUUUGUCAUUGUAUAAUACUAAUUAAUUAGUUAAAUCACAAAAAUAAAAUUGAUGUUGGCCAGGUAUGCAUAGCAAAAAAGUAAUGCCAAAUUAAAAACUAUAACAACUUACAAGGGAAGCAGUCGAAGACAAAAAUAAAUGGAGAAGAGUUUGUUUUAUGAGGUGGUCUUAAAGGCCAGAAACUUUUACUAGUAAACUAUCUAAAUGAUAACCAGUAAUGCACUUUGAAUGUUGUAAAAUAUUUGUUUAUAGUUUUUUUAUACACAUUUUGAAAUAUCAUUCUGAAUACUAUUUAAAAUAU